UGGCUUUGGGCACUCAAGAAUAAUGGACCCAUCUCAUGUAUAACAUUUCCAGAGGAAAUUUUUCUGCCAUUGAUUACUUUGACUGUUAAGGGCAUUUCUUUUACUUUGAAAGUGGACGCCCCUAAAUCAAUCAAGAAUGCAAGGUUUACUUUUGAUUCAUCAAAUAAAUGUAAGCUUAGUCCGAUAGUAAGAGUGUUUGUAGGGAACCUAGGUGAUAGCCUUCUAGAGGUUGGGUCUCUUGAACGUUUCUGCCUUCAUUCGAAUAGCCUGUUAUCGCAUCAUACAGCCUUUGAUAUUGCAUCAUUUAAUGAUGUAGGGCCUUCUAGGCUCAAUGCUGGCCUUGUCCCUUGGAUAAGUUUUCAUAUCUUAUUAGCAGCUGUUUUAGACUUAUCUAUAUCACCGAAAGUUGCCUCGAACUUCUUUAUUAAAGCUUCAAAGUCUUCUAGCAGUUCUGAUCAUUUUUCCAACAAAGUGGCAAACCAAGCUAGAGCUGAUCCUGUGAGUAAGCUUCCCAGAAGCCCAACUUGUGUUCGAUCAUCAUGGUAA